UGCUCACAGGAAGUAACAGAGCUUGCGUAGUAGUUAGCUUUCUUUCUUAGCUUCACAAAUAAAGAAACAGCAUUUAUCUAUUUUGACGGUUUUUAGGAGGUUUUCGGUCUGUGAACAUCGACUAAAGAUGUCUUCAUUUAGAAAAGCGCUUAAGUCCCGACAGAGAAACCACCAUGAGAGAUCUCAGCCUGGUUUUAGGAAAACUAUGGGUUUGUUGGAGAAGAAGAAAGACUACAAGCUACGAGCAGAGGAUUAUCACAAGAAACAAAACACUCUCGCUGCUCUGCGAAAGAAAGCUCUGGAGAAAAACCCAGAUGAAUUUUACUUCAACAUGAUCAGCUCCAAACUGGAGGAUGGAGUUCAUGUGAUGAAGAAAACUGAGGAGGAAGUGACGGAGGAGCAGAAGAAAAUGAUGAGGACUCAGGACAUGAGAUAUGUGGAGAUGAAACGGGUUGCAGAGGCAAAGAAAAUAGAAAGACUGAAAGGAGAGCUUCAUCUUCUGGAUGCAGAGAACAAACACAAGAACAAACACACCUUUUUUGUUGAUUCCAAAAAGGAAGUGGAAACAUUUAACCUGGCCAGCCACCUUGGUACUGAUCCAAAGCUGGUGGAUCGAGUGUACAACAGACCAACUCUGCAAACAUUGGAGACCAAAAGCAUCAAAGGAGCUGUGAAACCAGAUAUUAUUAACAAACUGGCCAAGCAGAGGAAGCAUCAGUAUAAAAUCCUCUCUCAGAGGAUUGACAGAGAAAAGAAAAUGUUUGUCAUCAGCCAGAAAAUCCAGUCCCGUAAAGACCUACAGGAUAAAAACAAGAAAGUGAAGGUAAAGAAGGAGACAACUGACAGAGCAGCCAUUUACAAGUUUGAGUCCAAGAGGAAACGCUAAGAAAGGACAACUGAGGACCAAGUUAGUUUUUGGAUAGGAUGCCUACAAAGUACUGAACUCACCUUUGAUCCCAGGAGAUCCAGAAGAGAAAGAAUUUUUUUCACCAAACUGUUGGGAAUAUUGCCAUGUAGUGCAUAUUUAUGCAAAUAUUUUAGUUUUUUCAAAUGAAAAUGUAAAUGCAAAUAAAUUUCUCAUUCAAGUAAUUCAGUGAGAAAAGUUGUUGGCUUAGCUUACAAAUGUCUGAGUUUUCAUAUUUUGGAGAACAAGUGGAUGAUUUCUGAAGCUGCCCUGGGCUGAGUUUGAAAAGAUGCAAUCUGAUCAUAUGAGGUGCUUAAAUGGUGGAAAUAUAUUUUAAGUUACCACUAGGGGGCAUUAGUGUUCUAUGACUAAAAAAAAUCUAUCUAAUAAUUAUAGAGAGAGGAACCCAGGAUGUUACUUUCGUGAUUUACAUUUUAAACACCUUAAAUAUUUAUUUUAACCCUAUAGAGUUAUUUAGUAGUCUUUACAUAUUUUAAUCUAAAUAUGAGAAAAUCAGUGCAAAAAAUCCUUAACCAGAUGUAGUUUUUUUCUGUUUUUCUCAUUUUCUGAUUCUAUACUGGUGCAGUCACGUUCAAUUGCAGUGGAUUACCACCACGUUGUGUUUUGGGCCAUAGCAAGAUAGUUCAAUAAGUAAGUUAAUAUGAUUUGUGUUUGAUAAAUAACCAUCUGAGUUUUUCAGAUGCACAAAAAUUGCACCUUUUCAAUGGCCCAUUCUGCCAUUUCCUUCAGGUCUUGCUCAGUUGCUGUUGAAAGUUUUAUAAAUGAUGGGUUUGUUUCUGGAAAUUAAGUCACAUUCACGACCCUACCAGUGGUGCCAAUCAGUGAUUUUUACUUUUCUGAAGUUGUAUUUUCGCUUCAAUUCAGCUUGCUUAGAACCUUGGCCAAGUAGAUAAAAGGAGCUGGUGCCCUGAAAUCAAGUUAAACUGUGUUGGUACAUGUGGAAAUGUGGCUUUUUAGAGCAAACAGCAUCACACCAACCAAGAAACACAACUGAUAUAUGAGGGAGAAGUGUAAAGUAGAGUUAAAAUAAAAAACAAUAUGCCAAGCUUUAAACAUCUGAUGAGGCAUUGUUCAAUACAUCAUCUAAACAUCCAGGAAAAGUUUAGAUCUAAAUCCACAUUAUAAAUUUUGAUAAUAAAUAGAAACUGCACAAUACAGAUGCCCUCCAUUUAAUCAGAUUGAGCAUAAGCUAAUUUGCAAAGACAAACUGGCAAACCUUUCAGUGUCUCAAUGUGCAAAACUGGUAGAGAGAUACCUCAAAAACAUGUAACUGCUGCCAAAAAUUUAGUUUUUUAUAUAGAAAAAAAAACUUUUCAGGAUAUUAUAGAUAGAGCAAAACAACUAAACUAUCAACAACUCAUCCCAUAUGUGGGAUGUGUUUACACUUCUGUGUGGUGUUGAAAUUGGAGACUACACUGAAGAUCUGGCUCCCAGCAGCAGAUCACAGUGAAGCUGAUUUGACUGUUCAUUGUGGUUUCACCAGCUUCAUAAGCAAAGCCCAUCCAUCACCUUCAACAGGGAGACACUGAAAGGAAAGGAAGGAGAGAGGGCAACGGACAAACAGCUCAGGAUGAACCACUGUUCACCUUGUGUAGCUGUUUAAAUUUUAAAUUAAAGCCAUCAGCUUUGAAAUCAUUGAAAGCUUGAAAACAAAUCA